AUCGCCCAUUUGCUCUUCAGGUUGAGCAAGUCUCGACGGCGAGGAAGUGAAGGCUCGCUCCAUGGCACCCUCCGGCGACCAGAAAAGGAGGAGCUCCAUCGCGAAGAUCCUCUUUACCUUCGGUUUUGGCGGAGGCGCCGGUUCUUCCUCCUCCUCCUCCUCUGCCCCCGCCGGCGCUAACCACAAGUUCAUGGCUUCCGACGUCGGACUCGGCAUCAUCGCCUCCAUGAUCGACGACUCCUGGAACCGGACGGGUCCCCUGCCCGUGGCCGGGGAGAAGCGGCGCCUGCCGACGGCGGGGGAGAUCGUGGACGAGCAAUCGGAGACGUACACGUGCGUGAUCGCGUACCGGGAAGGCCAACCCGUGAGGAAGCGGGUCUACUACGGGGACGCCGCCGAAGUCCGCGACAAGCUCGUGCCCUUCGAGCUUUCGCCGCCGCCGCAGAGGACUCCGCCGCAUUCCGCCGAUUUCCUCAGCCAAUGCUUCCGGUGCAAGGGCGAACUCCGCGGCAAGGACAUCUACAUGUACAGAGCGGAAGCUUUCUGUAGCGAGGGGUGUCGAGGUAAAGCCAUAGUACUCGAUGAGCUCGAAAGGAGUUUUAGGAGAGGAGGUAAAACGGCGAAGAAGAUCGAUCCUCCUCCUCUUCGUUCAUGAGGGCACUGCGAUUUUUACAGAGAAAUGUUCGUGCCGUUCCUCCCAAAAGAAGCCCUUUUUUUGAGAAUUUCCUUUUUGUCAAGGUUCCGCUUUUUUUUGACCCGUCGGGACAAAACGUUGAUCACAGCGCAAUUUGAUCAUACAUUUUUAAUAUA